AGCAUGCAGACUCUUAAGUGGCAGCAUGGCAGGUAUGGACCCCCUGUGAAGCCCGGGGUCCCAAGUGGACCAAUGGCACUCCAUCAAGGACUGCGUGGUGCCACAGUGUUGGACCCCGCAGUGCCAAAGUGUCGUCACCUGUGCCGAGGAUGCCGCAAACAAACAAAUCCAGGGACGUGCCUGCGUCCGAGACUUCGGGCUCUGUGAAAGAAGCGCCGGUGUCCCGGGAGGAGUGCCAGGCGGCAGGGGACGCAGGGAGAGAGGAGGACAAUGUUGGAGAUGGCGAGAUCAUCAAGUCCCCCAGUGACCCCAAACAGUACAGAUACAUCGUGCUGGAAAACGGCCUGCGAGCUCUGCUCAUCUCAGAUUACAGCGGUCCAGCCGCAUCUGAAGACGAGGACUCUGAUGGAGAAGAAGAAGGCGAAGAGGAGGACGAUGAAUCUGGUGAGGAAACUGAGGACGAUGAAGAGGACGAGGAAGAGGACGACGACAAUUAUGACGACGGGAGGGGCAGCGAUGAUGAUGAUGAAGAUGAUGACGAAGGGAAAAAGAAAAGAAAUGCAGAGAAACAGUCUGCAGCAGCGUUGUGUGUAGGAGUGGGAAGCUUCAGUGACCCAAAUGACCUCCCCGGCCUGGCCCACUUUCUAGAGCACAUGGUGUUCAUGGGCAGCGAGAAGUACCCCUCAGAAAACGGCUUUGACUCUUUCCUCAAAAAGCACGGUGGGAGCGACAACGCCUCAACCGACUGUGAGAGGACCGUCUUCCAGUUUGACAUCCAGAGGAAAAGCUUCAAAGAGGCUCUUGACAGGUGGGCUCAGUUCUUCAUCUGUCCCCUGAUGAUCCGUGACGCCAUUGAUCGGGAGGUGGAGGCCGUUGACAGCGAGUACCAGCUGGCUAAGCCGUCAGACUCCCAGAGGAAGGAGAUGCUGUUCGGCAGUUUGGCCAAACCUGGACACCCUAUGGGCAAGUUCUGCUGGGGGAAUGCUGAGACGCUGAAGCACGAGCCAAAGAAGAAGAAGAUCAAUGUCUAUAAGCGACUGCGUGCCUUCUGGAAGAAACAUUACUCUGCCCACUACAUGACUCUGGCUGUGCAGUCUAAAGAGAAGCUGGACACUCUGGAGAAGUGGGUGAGAGAGAUCUUCAGCAAGGUGCCUAACAAUGGUCUCUCCAAGCCAAAUUUCUCCGACCUGCUGGAUCCCUUUGACACGCCAGCUUUUAACCGCCUUUACCGAGUCGUCCCUGUGAGAAAAGUUCAUGCUUUGAAUAUAACUUGGGCCCUCCCCCCUCAGGAGAUGUACUACAGAGUGAAGCCUCUCCACUACAUCUCUUGGCUGAUUGGCCAUGAAGGAACAGGAAGCAUCCUCUCAGUGCUCAGGAAGAAGUGCUGGGCCAUGGCUUUGUUCGGAGGGAACAGUGAAACUGGCUUUGACCAAAACACCACCUACUCCAUCUUCUCCAUCUCCAUCACCCUUACGGAUGAAGGUUUCCAAAACUUCUACGAGGUGACUCACUUGGUGUUCCAGUACCUGAAGAUGCUGCAGACACUCGGACCACAGCAAAGAGUGUAUGAAGAGAUUCAGAAGAUCGAAGCAAACGAGUUUCACUAUCAGGAGCAAAUUGACCCUAUAGAGUACGUCGAGGACAUUUGUGAGAACAUGCAGCUCUUCCCCAAAGAAGACUUCCUGACAGGAGAUCAGUUGAUGUUCGAGUUCGACCCAGAAGUGAUCAGUGGAGCUUUGUCCCUCCUUACCCCUGAGAACGCCAAUCUGAUGCUGUUGUCGCCAGAACACGAGGGCCAGUGUCCCCUCAGGGAGAAGUGGUUUGGCACACAAUACAGCGUGGAAGACAUCCAGCAGGAGUGGAUGGAGCGGUGGACAGGAAAUCUGAAGCUCAACAGUGAGCUCACUCUUCCGGCUGAAAACAAGUUCAUCGCUACUGAUUUCACCCUGAAGCCGUCUGACUGCCCAGACACUGAGUUUCCCGUCCGGAUAGCAGACAGCGACAGGGGAUGCCUGUGGUACAAGAAGGACAACAAAUUCAAAAUCCCUAAAGCCUACAUCAGAUUCCACUUAAUCUCUCCUGUAAUCCAGCAAUCUGCCAAGAAUGUGGUCUUGUUUGACCUGCUGGUCAACAUCUUAGGCCACCACCUCGCCGAGCCAGCUUACGAGGCUGAAGUGGCCCAACUGGAGUAUAAACUGACGGCCGGUGAGCACGGCCUGGUCAUCAAGGUUAAAGGAUUCAACCACAAACUGCCUCUGCUGUUCCACCUGAUCAUUGACCACCUGAGUGAAUUCUCCGCCUCCCCUGAUGUCUUCAGCAUGUUCACCGAGCAGCUCAAGAAAACCUACUUCAACAUCCUCAUUAAACCUGAGAAACUGGGCAAGGAUGUGCGUUUGCUGAUCUUGGAGCACUCUCGCUGGUCCAUGGUGGAGAAGUAUCAGGCUCUGAUGGACGGCCUGACCAGCGAUGAGCUGAUGGACUUCAGCCGCAAUUUCCGAGCCGAGCUGUACGUGGAGGGACUGGUCCAGGGCAACUUGAGCAGCGCUGAUUCAGAGCAGUUCCUGCAGUACGUCACAGCAAAGCUGCAGUUUUCCAAGCUGCCAGCAGAGGUGCCGGUGAUGUUUAGAGUUGUGGAGCUUCCUCUGAAACACCACAUCUGUAAGGUCAAAUCACUCAAUAAGGGAGAUGCCAACUCUGAGGUCACUGUUUACUACCAGUCUGGCCCAAAGCUCUUGAGAGAACACACACUGAUGGAGCUGUUGGUGAUGCACAUGGAGGAACCCUGUUUUGACUUCCUCCGGACCAAAGAGACUCUCGGGUACCAUGUCUACCCCACCUGCAGAAACACCUCAGGCGUUCUGGGUUUCUCCGUCACCGUGGAAACACAGGCCACAAAGUUCAAUACCGAGCUAGUGGAGUUAAAGAUUGAAGAGUUUUUGGCGUCAUUUGGGGAGACGCUCGACUCACUUUCUGAGGAGGCCUUCAGUACCCAGGUGACUGCUUUGGUGAAGCUGAAGGAGUGCGAGGACACACACCUGGGGGAGGAGGUGGACAGGAACUGGGCCGAGGUGGUCACACAGCAGUUUGUGUUUGACAGGCUCAACAGAGAGAUUGAGGCUCUGAAGAAGAUGACCAGAGCUGAGCUGAUCUCCUGGUUCAAAGAACAUCAAGGACAGAACAGCCGCAAACUCAGCGUGCACGUGGUGGGAUUCGGUGCCGAAGAGAAGGACGAGGAGGCUGGCGGUGAGAAGCAAGAAAAGGAGGGUUUAAGUUGCUCCACCUACGGCGAGGUGUCUAAGCUCACCUUCCUGCCGGCCUCACCCAGGAUUGCGGGGGCCGUAGCCAUCAUGGACAUCUCUAGUUUCAUAAAAGACCUGCCUCUCUUUCCCUACCACAAGAUACUGGAAUGAACUCCUGCUCAGACUGUGACACACACGGACGGCGGCGCUUUGCCUCUCACUGAGCAACGUUCAGGGGCCGUCUCAUUAGAGAUGCAUUUUAAUAUGUGGAGGAUAAGGAAGGUUAGAAAUGGCUUUGGCUCCGCUUUGAUCCUGGACUCUGCCUCUAGGACUCAGUUUUUACCCACAGUGUGUGCACAGGCAAAAGGCCCGGGAGUGAUGAUAGGGGUUUUCUUAUAGCCAAGUGGUGAUCUGAUUUGCUAUUUUACCCUCAAUUGUUUUAUUUCCUCAGACACGAGUAGCAUAGGAGCGCUGUGUCUAUUACUCUCACUCUUCAGUCUAUCUGAGUGAAAAUCUUUCAAAUCUUGAGUUGAUUUGGUUCUUUGAGCUCUGCUGCAAUUGCAUCUCAGAAUCCCCGUCUUUUCCGCUGUUUGAGGAGCAGCAAAACAAGUUUAAUACAUUUUUUAAAAACACAAAUCAACUGUGAAACCUGCAGAAAUGCUGAGUGCUUCGACUCCAGACGUGUCUUUGAGUGAUUGUGUGCAGGAUUUCAAUCUCUGCUGUGCGCUACUGUUAUUAGCUGACCUAGAUCAUGCUCUAGUAUGAAACUGCAAAGAGAAUAAAUCAAUGAUUAAAAUGAAUGAAGCAAUGUGCUGACUGCAAAGAAACAUACUUGAGUCUUAGGAAGGAAAAGUAGCCAAACAUCCCAAAUGUUACGUCUGAAAUUUGGUUUAUUUAGAUGCAUUUGAAUUGAUUUUCUCUUAACGGCUCAUACUAAAGGUGAAACCAAUUUACAAUAUUGUUUUAUUUUUUUUCCUUCUCAUCGCAAUCUUAUCUGACACAUUCUCAACAUACAGAUCCAACUAAACUGGAGAUGGCCAAAUAUUGCUACGACCCACUGGGCUCAAAUCAGGCACGCAUUUCUUUUUAAGGUCACAAGUGUUUGCAUGAUGGUGACUCAGUAUUGCAUCUGCUCUUCUAUCAUCGCAGGUUUCAUUUAUGUGUAAAAUUGUUCAUUCAGAUACUCGCAGGCUCUUUACCUUCGUCUCCCCGAGGAAGAGGUUGUUGCAGGCGAUACUGUGUGGGACUUUGUGACUGGUGACACUCUGUUGAAUGUGAUUUAAAAACCAAUCCGGUGCCCGGCACAGCAGAGCGUGUUAUUGUAAUUGAGUAAAACGCCAGCGGGGAAUCCUCACACUGUUUCACCUAUGGAGCCCCACACAAUAUGAUAGUUGUGCGACCUGUACGAUUGGUGGCAAACAUCUAAACACUAUGUUGUUGCUUCAGGUCCACUGGCCUAAGGUAUAUGAUCCCCAAAUUGUUUUGACUAUUUGAUACACAACCAUAACGAACUAUGCUUUUUUCUUUUCUGGUUUCCACCACAUUUUUUACCUUGGUACAGGUUUUAUUUUGAGGUUUCUCUUUGCUUAAAUGUUCUUGUUGGGAGUAAGUUAGUGGAGACAACUCUUUUAGUGUGGGGUCAGGUUCACUCACUCAUUAUUGUUGGCUGAGGGUGAUAUUUGAAUACAGUGAUUUUGUUAAGAGAUGAAGGCUGUAAAGAAGAAGCAGUAUGUUUUCAAGGAACAACUGGAAUCAUGUGUUUUAUGGCAUCAAUAACAAGACAAAAUUAGGGGAAAUUUUUAAUACAAGAAAUAAAUUCAAUUCCAACCUGUGAGAUUGUGGUGCAACCCUUCCAGUCCUUGAUAAUACGUUAGGCCUUGAAAGGUUUUGAGUAUAUGUAAUAAGUGUGCUGUACCGUAAAGUCCCACAGAGAUUUAAUGGAGCUGUCAAACCAAUUUAACUUUCAGAUUAUUAUCAUCUGAGCUCUGGAGGGUGCAGGAUAUUAAAGAUGUGACUUAUGUGACUAUAAUGGACAUGUAUUGGCUUCAUGAAAGAUUCAGUUCUUUUUGCUCUACCAGCAUACUUCAACUAAAGUGUGUGUACUGGGAUCAAAAACCACCCUUAUAGAUGAAAACCCUGCGGUUACUUGAACACACUGCUACUGAUGCUUCAGUUGAAAGAGGCAAUACAUGUCCCCCGAGUGUUUAGGUGAUAAUAAAACUCUGUUUUGCAAUUUGAGAGAGUGGUGACUUGCCCCUUCAAACCCCCUGUAGCUGCUACUCGGCCAUCUUCAAUUGAGCUCAGAGUUAAAGCCUUUUUUAAAAAUGUUUCCAUUGGUUUUAAUCUCCCUUCUGUAGAGGCGCUGUGUAGAACGAUUUAAUGAGUCAAUCUGCUGCUGGCUUCAAAAGUACAAGAUUUACUGUAGCUAUAACGUCCCCGUCGCUGUUCCUCACUGGAUCGCAGCAGACAAUUUGGCCCGUUGCUGAUGAGAAAAAGCUUUCAUCGUUCAUCCACACAUGUGGUCCACCUUAUCUUUAAAGAAAUACUUAGCUUGUUUUAGAAAAUAGAUUUCCUUAAUAGAAUUUAAGUAACAUUAUUUAUACCAUGACUAUAGCAUAUUUUACUUUAUUGCCCUUUUUGCAUGGCCAUGCUAGUGGCUCUGAGGAUGCACAUUGAACAGGUUUGUAAAUCUGGCAUGCAAACUGUACUAAACUCAAAUUACAGAUGU